UGCUCCUCCUCGCGCUGUUUCAUACGACUGACGACGACGACAGACUUGCUCGGCCUCGUGGAAGAGACAACCGCUGUGCUUUCAUAAAUAUUCAGCUACAAAGUAACAAAUUUGAAAUUUUUGACUUUUAUUUUAAGUCAUCGACUCGUGAUACGUGUUUUUAGCGACGCCUUCCUCGACGCACAUCGUUUUCAAAUCGACGUUAUCAGAACAAAGGUUUCCAAGCUACAGACGACCUGCUCCAACAAUGGCCAAGGUAAAGGAGUCUGACUCUGACAUGGCCCACGCUCGUCAGAGCGAUGGCAUCAGUGUGAUCUUUGACCAGAAAAGCCCUGCCUCGUCUCGCUCCAGAUCCAGAAGCAGAAGCAGCAACGGUAGUGGCUCAAACCGCCACAGGGGUCGUGGCGGCCACAGGAGACAUUACAGGUCCUCUUCAUCGUCUUCAUCUCGCAGCAGGUCCUCCUCUAACCCCAGGUCCCGCUCUCACCCUCGUUGCCACAGGCGUUCCUCUCGCUGUUGCUGCGACAACCACCGCAGAUAUGGCCGCGGCAGCUACCGCAGGUCCCCUCCACGCCAUUACAGGGCUCGUUCUCAUUCCCAAAGCUGCUCGCCCUCACCAGACAGGUACUCACGUCACAGACAUUACAGGUCCAGCUCAAAGUCUUCAAGCCAUCAGAACAGGCACAGGAGAGCGGACAGCCGGUUGGAAUCCAGGCCGUCCGGAUCCCCAGCCAGAGCCCACAGGAGCCGCUCCAAGUCCAGAUCUUCAGAACAUUCUGUCAGUUUGAGUUUGGAUGAUAAAAGGGUACUCCUCGAAGCUGCAAAGUCCAACGCCAUGAAGAUCCUGGGAGUAGAGAAGCUGGAACUUCCCGAGAGCGUGGAACCGAUCCUGACGGAGCAGUCGGAAUCUACACGAGCGUCGCCAGAGCCAGAGAUGAGGGUGAGACAAGACCCUGAAAAGACUCCGUCACAGAGCAGUGAGGUGGACCCUGACGAUGUGCCCAGUCCAAAGAUGUCCCCAAAAAGGAAAACUAUCUCUUUCAGCAUUAAUAAUUCUGUUGUCAAACCAUCAGUGGCAGCACCGUCUUGUGCUAAGGUAACUCCAAGAGUGGACAUCUACGACAGUAGGAAGCCCUACGGCCACUGGGUUCGAGUCAAAUCAGGCCAAACCUCCAAAGCACGCAAACACACACUCGCCACGUCACACUAGUGUGGCAGAGUACAUGGACACUGUACAUACUGUAAAUAUUUUGUACAUACGAUCAUUUCAUGGCCGACAUUUUCUUUCAGAUGUUAAAGAGUUAAGUGGGACGAAGUGAAGAAUUCGUUCAGGUGGGAUUGUUUCUUUCCACUUCGUUUCUUAAGAUGUUCUUGGAUUCAAUAAAAGAUAUUUAUUUGAUUAAAAAAGA